CGUUUGAAGUCAUUUCCUGACGCUGCCGCGAGAAUUGCAGUCGUCUCAGACCCGAGCGGCGGUGGCGGCGGCGCGCGUGCGCGCUCUCGCCGCGCCCUGGACCGAGCGGCGGCGCCGCCGAGGCCCGGUGGUUCAAGCCAGGUAGGAAACAUGAGCGGCAACAACUUGGGUGGGAACGACGAGUUUGAUGAGCAGUUGCGAAUGCAAGAAUUGUACGGAGACACCAAGGAGGGUGACACCCAGAACGAUCCCGGCGGAGAACCCGAUUCUUUCGGGCAGCAGGCGGCUGACACCCCGUACGAGUGGGACCUAGACAAGAAGGCUUGGUUCCCCAAGAUCACUGAAGAUUUCAUUGCUACAUAUCAGGCCAAUUAUGGCUUCUCUAAUGAUGGCGCAUCUAGUUCUACGGCAAACAUACAAGAUGUCAAUACUAGGAUUGCUGAGGAACCUCCACAAAGAAAAACUCCUGAACCCACUGAUCCCAGAAAGAAGGGAGAAAAAAGAAAAUCCGAGUCAGGAUGGUUUCAUGUUGAAGAAGACAGAAAUACAAAUGUAUAUGUGUCUGGUUUGCCUCCAGACAUUACAGUGGACGAAUUUAUACAGCUUAUGUCCAAGUUUGGUAUUAUUAUGAGAGAUCCUCAGACAGAAGAAUUUAAGGUCAAACUUUACAAAGAUAAUCAAGGAAAUCUUAAAGGAGAUGGGCUUUGCUGUUAUUUGAAGAGAGAAUCUGUGGAACUUGCAUUAAAACUUUUGGAUGAAGAUGAAAUCAGAGGCUACAAAUUGCAUGUAGAAGUGGCAAAGUUCCAGCUAAAGGGGGAAUAUGAUGCCUCAAAGAAGAAGAAGAAGUGCAAAGACUAUAAGAAGAAGCUGUCUAUGCAACAAAAGCAGUUGGAUUGGAGACCUGAGAGGAGAGCUGGACCAUCCCGGAUGCGCCAUGAACGAGUUGUCAUCAUCAAAAAUAUGUUUCAUCCUAUGGAUUUUGAGGAUGAUCCUUUGGUGUUGAAUGAGAUAAGAGAAGACCUUCGAGUAGAGUGUUCAAAGUUUGGACAAAUUAAGAAGCUCCUUCUCUUUGAUAGGCACCCAGAUGGUGUAGCCUCUGUGUCCUUUAGGGAUCCAGAGGAAGCUGAUUAUUGCAUUCAAACCCUUGAUGGAAGGUGGUUUGGUGGCCGUCAAAUCACUGCUGAAGCAUGGGAUGGGACUACAGAUUAUCAGGUGGAGGAGACCUCCAGAGAAAGGGAGGAAAGGCUGAGAGGAUGGGAGGCUUUCCUCAAUGCUCCAGAGGCCAACAGAGGCCUUCAGCGAUCAGAUUCUGUUGUUGCAACAGAAAGGGCAGGGCCUUCUAGAGUAAGGCACUUUUCAGAGCACCCUGGCACAUCUGAAAUGAAUGCUGAAGAUUCCGCAACUGAAAUGGCGCUUGAAGAACCUAUUGAUGAGAAGUUUGAAAAGGCAGAAGAUGGGGGAGGCUUUGAAGAAGAUGCUUCUGGAAAUGAUGCUAAAGAAGGUGGCCCCAAAAAAGAGGCCAAAGAAGAAGAAUGUGAAGAGAACUGCCCUGAAGGAGAGUCUGAAGGAGACUGCCCUGAGAGAGAUUGUGAAGAAGGCUGCCCUGAGAAAGAGUCCGAAGAAGGCAGCCCUGGACAAGAGUUGGAAGAGGGGACUCCUAAAAAGGAGUUGAAAGAGAAUGGCUCUAAAAGAGAAAGAGAAUCUCCAAAGAAGAGAUUCAAAAGUGAUUAUGAAGAGAAUGGCUUUGUGAAGGAGUCCAAGCAAGAUGACCCCAACAAGGAUUCUGAAGAGGAGGGUGGCCCCAAAAAGGAGUCUGAAGGGGAUGACUCAGAGAGAGAAUCUGAGGAAGAACACUCAGAAAAACUGUCUGAAGAUGGCUCUGAAAAAGAAUUUGAAGGAAACGGUGUUGAAAGAGAUUUUGACGAAGAUGGCUCUGAUCAGGAAUCUCAUGGAAAUGUUCUUGAAAAUGAGUUAGAAGAAAAUGAUACAGACAGAUCUGAAUAUGAUGAGGGCUCUGAGAGAGUGUUAGAUGAGGAAGGCUCAGAGAGAGAGUUUGAUGAAGAUUCAGAGGAGAAGGAAGAAGGGGAAGAUCCAUAUGAAAAAGUUUUCGAAGAUGAGUCUGAUGAGAAAGAGGAUGAAGAAGCAGAUGAAAAGGGGCCUGAAGAUGCUGACGAAAAGGAGGAAGAAGCCAAUGCAGAUGAAAAGUUCUUUGAAGAUUCUGAUGAAAAGGAAGAGGAAGAAGAUGCAGAUAUGAAGGCAGGUGAUGAGGUAGAGGAGAAGUUAUUCGAAGAUGAUGAUUCCAAUGAGAAGUUAUUUGACGAGGAGGAGAAUUCCAAUGAGAAGUUGUUUGACGAUUCUGAUGAGAAAGGGACUUUGGGUGGUUUUGAGAAUGCUAAGGAAGAAGGGCCCCUGUCCACAGGCAGCAGCUUUGUCCUCAGUAGUGAUGAUGAUGAUGAUAUUUGAUCCCUUAAACUUGCUUCUUAGGGAGAGUCCUUCAUCUCCAUUUGCCUGUGCUUCAGGGUCAUUACUAGUAGUGUUAUAUGAACAUGUGCAUAGUGGUAGGCUGCCAUCAUACUAAUGCAUUGGAGUUUUUUUCAUUGUUACCUGUGCCUAAUGAUUUUAAAUGUGUUCUUUGGCUGUUCAGUUAAAACUUCAGUUAUGAUGCAAGUAAACUGGAUAUUUGUCCUUUUGUCAGAUUUGUUAAAUGCAUGCAGAAUAAUAUUUUUAAAAGUAUUCUGAUUGAAGUUUGUGAUAUUAAAAAAAUAAAAAUAAGUUGAAUUAUGCAAAAACUGAAAAUUGUACUUUGAGUUACACUGGAUUUGGAGUUCCUGCUAUUGCUUUAUUCAUACUAAAGGUUGGUUUUUCUAAGGACUUGAAAAAUCCUGCUGGAGUCUCUCUCUCUCAGCUUGUGUUAACCGCUACAGCCCCAUUUUCUUUCUCUAAACUGGAACCUGUUGCUAAGCCCAUAAAGGAAAUAACACUCGGGAUUUUUUCAUAGCCCAGUCCUUGCAGGUUACCUUUUAUUUGUUUUCUACCUUUUUGUUAUUAAAAUUAACUGUUAGAUAUACACAAAUGAUCUUACUGGAAGUAUAGGGAAGGAGAUUAGAAUUCUACCCUACACUGUUUCUUGACCCUUUUGUGUUUCUUUAGAAGUUGAUUACAGUUUUGGGACUUACAGGAAAAUGUACACAUACACACUACACAGCUGCUUGUGUACUAUUUGGGGAGGUUCAUGGAUCCUCUGAACUUAAGUACCUUUAUCUUGCACACUUCAGUUUGCUUUCAUUUUUGUUUUAGAAUCUCGGUGCCUAGCAUUACACAGAGUUGUGUCAUCCCAAUAAAAUUGUGAAUCUUUCUUCAUUAUAUCCAAAUUCAGAAUUGAUGCAUUUAAUUUGUAGCACUCAGAAGUUUUCUUAUAAAACAGAAAAUAAAUUGUGUCGGUGUUCUUUCA